GCAUUUGCAGAGAGGUUCCUUUGGAGUACCGCGCAAGCUCGCCGAAUCCAGAUAUGCCUUAUCUCAGGACAAUUUAUCGAUCGCCGUUGCCAUUUUAUUUUCACAGCUGAUGGGUAGUCGAAUAAGAUUUCUUCGUAGCUGAAGUAAACGUCCGCCGCGAAUCUUAAAAUUUAAACAGGUCAUGUAUAUCGAAAUGUGGAGUCUGUUGAGAACUGUUCUGUGUUUGCUUUUUAUAGUUAGCGAUUUAGGCAUUCUAGGAAGCGUUAGUGAAAACGUCAGGGAAAAUGACAGCAAAGUUUCUGGAAUACAAGACAACAACAUAAAGAAACGCUACGAUGCUGACAUACAAAACUGCAUAGAAAAUUUUGAUAUUCACAGUGAUAAAAUCAUUCGAACGCAAGACUCUUUAGAUAUGGGAGCCAAAUACAUAAACGAAGUGGAAGUGGCAUCAAGAGAAGAAUGUUUAAGACUGUGCUGCGAAACGAAUUCCUGCGAUGUUUUUGUGUUUGAAGAAAAGGUGCCGGGCAGCUGCUACAUGUUCCACUGCGGGCCGGUGGGCGACUUCCGCUGCAAGUUCACCAAGCACCGCAACUACAGCAGCGCCGUCAUGGCGGGCCCGCACUCGGGGAUGGAGGCCGCUUCGGAGCUGGAGCAGCAGAUCCGGCUCACCAAGCACGAGCAACAGCUCACCAACCUGAGGAAGUCUGAGUCACUGCCCGCGUCCUCUGCGCUGGAGCAGCUGCCGGCCAUCCCGGAGUCUGACGGCGCCGCCUCGCAGCCAGCCCCGCCGCCCCCGCACCCAGAAGCGCUGGUCACACCGCCGCCACCCACGCAUCCGCCACCGCCCCCACCGCCUCCGCCCGCUCCCACUCAGCCCCCCACCACGCCUCCUGGCCGGCGGUGCAGUCGGUACCAGUUCGAGUGUCGGGAGUCUGGGGAGUGCAUCGCCAUCUACAACGCGUGUGACGGUAUCCCGCAGUGCGCGGACGGCAGCGACGAGGCUGUCGAACUGGGCUGCCCGGCUCCAGCCCCGCCACCCACAACAAUACCACCACCACCUCCACCACCACCGCCAACGCUCAGUCCCCCAGUAUACCAACAAGUGGAAAUGCAUCCUGAAGCACCACCAGUUCGCUAUGGACCUUCACAGCAGCAGCUGCCCUCUCAAGUUCAUAAGCAGCAGAUCCUGCAGGGAGAUGAAAGGCAAACACAGCACAUGCAACAGCAACCACUUCAUGCCUACCAGUAUCAGUCUGCUAGUCACAUCCCUGAGAAUGAACCUCUACCUUCACAGCAGCAACAGCAACACCAGCAACAAUUUAAACAACCACCUCAUCAGCAAAAGUAUGUGGAAAAUGGCAUGUUACUACAUGUCCCAGUGCAGCAGGCUCAACGAGGAUUCUAUAAUCAAGAUUCCUGGCAAAGUCAGCAUCAGUACCAACAGUAUGAUGAUCAGAACAGUCACAUAUUUAACCACAAAGGGAGUGGAUUAGUCACAGAUACAGACAGGUACAAACAUACAGGGAAACACCCAGCUAGGUACAAUCCAGCAGGCCAAUACAAUGAAGUUCCCCAUGAAGAAUUUAACAAAUAUGGCAACAAUGUGCCAGCAAACUAUUACAACAAUGGCCAGUAUCAGAUGCCAUCCCUUCAGAACAACUGGCAAGGACAGCAACAGCCCAAUGCCAUAAAUCCAAACAUGGUGCACACUCCAGAUGAAGUACCUCCUGUAGGACAGUCUAGGAUGUCUGCUGAAGGCCCACAAAGUUAUGGAACUGGGCCUGUGCCUCCAGAUUAUUUUUAUGAGGAAAGUCAGGAGGGGUCAGCUGUACAUGGGACUGCAAGAGGACAACACACUCAUUCUGCACAACAAGGAGAGAGAGAGAGCAUUGUUGACAGUGCAUCUCUGAUGCAGGUUAAGCAUCAACAACCACAGCAACAACACUUACAACGGCAACACCACAGAUUACCACCAGGACAAGUAGAAGGCAAAAUUAUUAACAGCCCACCUGAAAACUCACAAAGCAGAAAGAAUUAUGAAUCAGUUGAUAUUGUAGUUUAUACCACUCAAGAACCUUCACUACACAGGGAUUCUGGUAUGAAAGCAAGUCACAGUGAGCACAGCAAAAAUAGUUCACAUACCAGGCAUCCUGUCUCUCCUUCUCAGCCAUUGCGGUCGGAGGGACCAGAUGAUACUGAUAUCAUUGUGGAGCCAGUGGAUGGCGAAGCUGCCCGUCCUAGUGGUGCCAUUUUAUCACUGGCACUUGGAUUAUGUGUAACAGGCAUAAUGGUUGUGCUUGUUGGGUGCCGAUUACGUGUUGUUCGGAAGAGACUCCGUAGAGGUGGCAAAUCCCCGUAUGCUCAUGAAGCAGAUUACCUUGUGAAUGGCAUGUACUUGUAGCUCUAUACUGAGCAAUAACUAACUGAAUCUAACAGAGGCCUUAACAAAUGUGAAACUUCCGCAAGAGUUAAGCAAGUACCAGGAAGGAACUCAAAACUAGAACUGAAAAUUGUUUUUAUACUAUUGUUAUAACAGUUGUAAUAUGUGUGUAACCUCAGUAAUAAUGUAAUCAUAUCUGAUGCAGGGUGAUUUAGUUCAAAUGAGCAUCCAUGUGAUUACAAUGUGUAUUUUUCUCUAGUGUUUCACAUUUAAAUGCCUUAAUGCCUCAUAGCAUUAUCUGUGAACAUAUCAAAGAGAGAACAAUAAAGUCAUAGUUUGAAGAAUUCAGACUGAACUGUUAAUUACAAAGCAAAAUUCAUACUCUUGUUUGUUUUUUCCUGUGGCCUAUUAUUAAUAUAUAGUAUUCAGUCUGCUAGAAGAUACCUUCUUUUUGAGAGAAUUGUAAGUUUGCUCUUUGUUUAAGGAUUUUGACAAUGUUUUUACUACCUAUUAUGCUAAAUAUUAAAAUAUUGCAAAACUUUCAUAUUAUUCAUGCGUAGCAUUGGUAAUUGUGCCUCCAGAAAUAAGAAUUAUAAAUAACACUGUACAUUUGAUGUGCCUUGCAUCUUCUGUUCUAGUCUUGCCCCUGAUUUCUGAGGAUUUUGUAAGUCCAUUUGGAAUACUUAAGGACUUCCUUUCACUUCUCUAGAAGGAUCUAGAUUCAGGUAAAUGAAACAUAUGGUUUAAAGCUUCAGCUUCUUUGGGCUUCAGCCAUCAUAUUUUCAGGUUAACUGUGUCCCGAUUUCCACCGAUAUAGUAAGUCGUGACGUAGAUAUUUUUCAGUUUAUGAUGUCCUUUAUAAUAUCAGAACAUCUCUAGGCACCAACAUAUUUUAGAACUAAACUUCAGCCUAAAGGAUUGCUGUAUUUUUUUCCAAUAUACAGCUGUAUAGUUUUUCCACCCAGAAUUAAAAAUCUGUUAAUUUUCUGAGAAUGUCUGUACACAUGAAAAGAGAAUGUUAACUUGAAAUUAUGGUACAUUAUGUUUCAGCUUUCCAUCAGUGAAUAGGCUUUGUAUCAGUGAAUCGGCAAAAGCAGAAAGAAAGUAAAUAUCAAUAAUUCAAACUUGACUUUCAAAUUGAGUGAAAAAUUAUAAAUCUGAAUUUAUAAGAACAAUAUAUAAAGAUAGAUUGCUACUCACCAAGAGAGGAGGCACUGAGCCACAAACAGGCACAGUGAAAAAGAAUGCUAGAACUAUUUCAGCUUUUGGGCAAAGUCUUUCUCCAGAAGUAGCAAACUCACACCAGUUACACAACAACAACAACUCACUUGCACAUGGCUACUGUUGCUCGCAUGGCUGCUGUCACUGAGUGCCAAGUCCUCACUGGCCUUGUGACCAGAGACAGUAGCCAUAGGGGAGUGAGUUGUUGUUACUUUGGUAAUGUAUGUGUCUCCUACUUCUAAGAAAGACUUUUCCAAAAAUCUGAAAUAAUUUUAGUGUUAUUUUUCAUUGUUUCUGUCUGCAACUCAAAAUUUGAAUUUAUAAUAUUAACUUGGUUCUGUCUAUGAAUGUUCACUAAUACAGGAUUGAUGUAUGCAAAAUGAAUAAGGUACCAAGAAAUAACAUAAGUUCAUAUUUACAAUUUCACUUUCAGUCUUUACAUUUACUUUCAGCUAACAAAUCAUUGUCACAAAAUCAACAGGUGUCACAUUUGGUUAAUGCAGGGUGAAAAGCUAAAGUAAAUCUAAGGCAGACUUAAAAAAUAAAAUAAAAUAAAUAAAAGGAAAAGGCUGUCAUUCUUCAGACUGAAGUGUAGCUUUGUAGUAUGUUUGACCCAACAAUAACAGUAGGCUCUAUGCAGUGUUUGGAAGCAUUUUAAUAUUAGUAGAUAUCCUAUCCUUAGAGUUACUUUCAUGAUAUGCACACACACACACACACACACACACACACACACACACACACACACACACACACACACACACACACACACACAGAGAGAGAGAGAGAGAGAGAGAGAGAGAGAGAGAGAGAGAGAGAGAGUUUGAAAUUAAUAAUUUAGGUGCUUUUGAUACACAUAUAUUUAAUCCACAAUUUCCAUUGUAUUACUUCCAUGUUAUGUGAAUAAUAUCCUACAAGAAGUUACCAAAAGUUAAAAAUAAUUAUCACAGCAUCCAUUAUUUUUUUAACUCUUUAAACAAGAAAAUGGCAUUGUAGUAAUUAUCACUUAAGCUGACACAAGUGCAAAUGUUAUCAUCAUUUGAAAAUUGCCUAAAUUGACAGGGAAAUUUUAUGUUGUGGUACUAACUACAAAGGUUGUGUAAACAGUUGUUGUUUCAUCAUACAUUCAAUAACUGCAAUGAAAUUUGAAGCAUGAAAUCAUAUUCCACUGUUAAAUUUUAGAAUCUGGAAAUGUCAGUGUUCAGUGUGAAAGAAAACUGCUGGUAGUAUAGUCGUGGAAUAGCUAACAGAGCUGAUUUUGGAAAACAUGAAAUCAGGUUUUUUAUUUUACAGACAUUUUUAUUAUUUCUUUUAAAAACAUUUUUGGUGUAUUCCAUUUCUGUAUUUGUUUCAGGACAUUGCACUGGUUGUUUAUCUUCUUUGGUGUAAAUAUAUUUUAUGUAAAGGCAAAACAAAAAAAUGAUUAUGUCAUCAUAAUUUUUUAAAAUGGCGAAGUACACAUGUAUAGGAAAACUCAAAGAAACUCUUGACAUCAUGAGAUAAAACAUUAAUUUUGGAAAUGUGGUGUUUACAACUCAGGUGAAAAAUAUCAUGUCCAGUUCACAAACAUAAUGUGAAAAAUAUCUGAUAUAAUGGCAUAGGAAGGGUAUAAAAAUACAUACCACAUGCUUUGGACUGUAAAUGUGUUUUUAACAAUUGAUGUGGAAGAAAAUGAUGAGAAACCAAACAGAAUGGCACAUAGAAACAUGUAGCCUUAGAAAAGAGGGGAAAAGUUAUUUGAGACAUUAGUUGCUUUAACAGUAUUCAGCAUCAUUAGACUCUCCAUCAGUAUGACUCCAAUCUCUUUCAGAGUUCUCACAGAUUGUUGUGUGACUGACUUUCACUUUUUGUGUCCUAUCAUUUUUUUUGUCAAUUAUUGCCAUCAUGGAGUUUUCUGUUACUCUGUUUGAUGUAUAUAUCUCGCUUUCUGAGUAAGUGACAAAAUGUUUGUCAUUACAGUCUGAAAAACAUUGAUAUAAACAUUUAAUUCUCCUGUUAGCAAUUUCAUCAUUUUACAUUCCACUGAGCUGGGUAAGACUGCCAUUUCUGUGCUGAUGUAAAUUUAGCUUUUGAUAGACAUAGCUACAAAAAUACUGUAAUGUAAUUGAAAUGGAAAUGUUAACUAUCAGAAAAGCUGUAAAUAAAUUUAUAUGUUACACUAUUAAUAUCUACAAGAAUUGUUUCAAAACAAUUCGUAUGAACACAAUAAUAAGUUUAAAAAAUAUGAUAUUGUGAACAUAAAAAGUAAUGCCAAACAUUUAUUUUUCAAAAAGGAAAAAAAAAACUGUGCAAAUCAAGGAGGAAAACAUUUUACCCACAAGGGUUCUUUGUAUAUAACUAUAUUUGGUAAAGUGGUAUUUCUUUUGAUAAAAGUAAGUCUGAAUUGUAAACUGAAUCACCCUGUAAUUAGAUAGUGGCUGUCUAGUCAGUGUACAGAUUGCUUUUCCCAGAUGUCUUCAGCUGUCGACAUGUUAUACUCUGGAAAUUUCGUUUGCAUGAUGAAAUGAUUUGUUAAAAAUUUCAGUUUUUUCCCUUUAUGACUUUGAUUACAUCCAUUUUUUGAUGAAUGAAGAUGUAUCAUUUUUAAUGUCUCAAAUAAUUGAAAAUUAUAUACUUGUUCAUGUAAGCAAGCAUUUGACAACAUCUGUAACUGUCUCAUGCGAAUUGUCGAUUAUCACUUGUUAGAAGUGUUAAAUUUAUGCUUGUGGUAUAAAUUUAAUAUUUAGUGUUUUUGCAAUACAAUAAAAUAAUAUUACAUUGAUUAAAAUAAGUUAUUCAUGUGAGAAAAUAAUGGAAAAAUACUCAAGUUGGUAAUAAAAUAUAUUGUCAUUUCAGAAA